AUGAAUUGGACAGGAGGGCGACUUCGCCGCCACUCCGAGAUCAAUGCCAAAUCCCGCAAACAGACAUUUGGAAAGACGAGCGCUGCCAGCAAAGACCGCGGGCCUCAUCAGAUCAGUCUCUUCAAUAAUAUUAUCAGGCACCGAGGUGGGGAUGAGAAGAGUGGGUUGGAUGAUAACGGUACUACAGCUAUUCCAGGAUUGGACAGCAGGAAUAAAACAACCGAGAAUCUCCCUUUACCAUCUCAACCAACAUCCAAUAAUGGCACCGACUCCAAGCCACCAGAUCGUUUGGAGCGGAUCAAGCGUCAACUGCUCGAAACAGCGGACUGGGGUGCGGUGGGUGCGGCGCGGCCGGUCCAAGUGGCUUUCACGCCGCAGGAAGAUCUUGAGAGGUUUGGGAAACGGCGACGACUUACGAAGGAUGAUCAUGAAAGACUGAAUACGUCGAUCGCGGUGCCGCCGAGACCUCGCGGAGAAGCUUUCGUUGGAGCUCAAGCGGACGUUCCGGAGAAUUUGGAGAUAAGGAUUGAUGGACGUCGUUUAGGUGAACGAGAUGCCAUGCCAAGUCAACAGGAUGCCGCGGUGAACCAAGACAGUCAUCCUAGCGCCAUUUCUUCGCAGUCCAUGUUGCUGGAUAGGGAUUCACCUGGUCUGAAUUUAAGAUUGAAUGUAGAGAACAUACCUCGGAAUGGAAACAGCAGAUCCAGAAGCACGAGAAGUGCGAGCAGGCUGUCAAUGCUGUCGAAUGAUCAUCAGCUGGACUACCUAACCGAGAUCCCUUUAAUGACUGGCCGCCAACCCGAUGGCCAAGGGAUCCUGCAUAGAAAUUUAUCAGGCUCGAUGGACUGGGUUCCAGAGGAACGCGUACUGGACCCGCGGCAAUCCAACGAGAGCAGUCUGAUUAUUCCUCAACCGGAGUCACCUGUUCGGAGACGCUUCACAAUCGACGAACAAGCAAUCGCUGAUAGCCAAGGGAAAUUCGUGGUUUCCUCCCCGGUGGUGGAGAGGCCAACUACACAGCUUUGGCAUGGCCAGUUAGGGCAUGCAGGAAGUCCUCAAAAUUGCGUGAUUCCUUCUUUAGGUUCGUCUUCACAGACAAGACCUCGAAUUGGCAUUCAAUUCCAGCGGAGCAUGGAAGACCUAGUGCGAUCUCCAGCACCACAAUCAAGCAUUCCACGAUUUGGUUGGCUACCACAAACGCAUCGUGGCCUACAGCAACUCAGAGGCAACCAGGCUGCCGGGCGUUCAGUGACACAGGCUCAAGAACGGAACAAUCUCUGGACGAACCAGACUGGGGAGAGUCAGCCGUCCCCCGUGAGAAUAAUAUACGGGCAACCCAUCGUAUUCGAGGAGCCGGAUGUAGAUGCGGACGGCUGCGGAAGAGAACAGUCAGGGCAGAUCACAGAUUUCGAUGCAGGUCUCCAGUAUCCGGACCUCUCAUCAGGCGACGCCUUUAGUUCGUCUUUAGGCUCCCCUCUGACCAAACUCGAGAAGCUGGCUAAUAGGAUACCGCCGGCUACCUGA